AAACUUUGCACACAAUAAAUGCAUUUAAUGAAACAAAAAAAAUGGAGGGAAGAACUACUCUCACGCGUCCCUGGGUCGAAGUCGGACUGUUGUGGUUGAUGCGCUCCCUCUUGCGGAAGUCGUCUACAGCCAAGAUCAAAAAUAUACACUCACAGCGAGUUUAGGUAAAGAAUAUAUUGAAAAUACGUAUCGGAGUUGUAGCACAGCGGACACAGGUCUGGGGCAUCACAAUCAGUAGUGAUGAAACUAAAAGAGUUAGAGAGUUGCUUACAGCAAGUGGACACAUUUGAAGAGCCAAAGAUCCUUCUUGAGCAGUAUCCAACCAGUCCUCAUAUUGCAGCACGCAUGCUUUAUACCAUCCAAAGCACGUUUGAUGACAUUGAGGGUAAACUAGUGGCUGAUCUGGGAUGUGGCUGUGGUGUCCUCAGUAUUGGGGCUGCGGUUCUUGAUGCAGGUUUGUGCGUUGGCUUCGACAUUGACAACGACGCACUGGACAUAUUCAGGAGAAAUGCAGAGGAAUUUGAGAUUUCUAACGUGGAUCUGGUUCAGUGUGACCUGUGCUCGUGGGGGGCAGAGGCAUAUGCCAAGAAGUUUGACACUGUAAUAAUGAAUCCACCAUUUGGGACAAAACACAACCAAGGCAUGGACAUGAAGUUCCUACAGGCCGCUUUAACAAUGGCAAAGACAGCAGUGUAUUCACUUCAUAAAACAUCAACACGAGAGCAUAUACAAAAGAAGGCUAAUGACUGGGGAGUGAAGAUGGAAGUAAUAGCAGAACUAAGGUACGACUUGCCAGCAUCUUACAAGUUCCACAAAAAGAAGUCGGUUGACAUCCAGGUGGACUUCAUAAGAUUCUCCAAGGUGUGACGCUUUCACUGGAAUGGAUUUAAGUUGCCUCUGUAUUUUCACUGUUUAUAAUAAAUGUUUUCAAAAAAGAAA